AUGAAGCUCUCGUUCGCAGCUGCGGCGCUUGCCUCCCUGGCUGGCCUUGUCAGUGCGAAGAACAUCCCUCGUCAGUCCGGAAAGCUGCCUCCUAUCACUGUUAAGGGCAAUGCUUUCUACGCCGGUGACGAGCGAUUCUAUGUCCGUGGAGUAGCAUACCAGCCCGGUGGUGCCGCAGAUGCCGCAGAUCCUAUGUUGGACAAGGCAGCAUUCACGCGUGAUGUCGCCCGCUUCAAGGAGUUGGGUAUCAACACCAUCAGAAUCUACACCAUCGACAACAGCCAAAACCACGACGAGGCAAUGAAGAUGUUGGACGAUGCUGGCAUCUACCUGAGUCUCGAUGCCAACACCCCAGACUACUCUCUCAACCGUGAGAACCUCGCAUCACUCCACGGAUCAUACACCGAUGUCUACCUUCAGAAUGUCUUCGCUACAAUCGAUGCUUUUGCUGGUUACAACAACCUUGCUUUCUUCUACAGCGGAAACGAGGUCAUCGAUGCCAAGAACAACUCCAACGCUGCACCAUACGUCAAGGCCGUGACCAGAGACAUGAAGAACUACAUCCGUGCCCAGGGCCACCGUACCAUUCCUGUCGGUUACUCUGCCGCUGAUGUUUCCGCCAACAYCUACCCUCAGAUGACCUACUUCGCCUGCGGAGACGAUGAGAUGGCUCGCUCUGACUUCUUCGCCUUGAACGACUACAGCUGGUGUGACCCAAGCAGCUUCGAGAAGUCCGGCUGGGACGCCAAGGUCAAGAAGUACAGCAACUACACCAUUCCCCUCUUCCUCAGCGAGUACGGCUGCAUCACCAACGAGCGUAACUGGGGCGAGGUCGCUGCUCUAUACUCCACCAAGAUGACUGGCGUUUACUCUGGAGGUCUUGCUUACGAGUACACCAUCGAGCCAAACGGCUAUGGUCUUGUCGAGAUCGAGAACGGCAAAGUCGUCCCCAACCGCGACUUCGAAGCUCUUAAGAAGGCAUUCGCCGCAACUGCCAACCCUACUGGUGACGGUGGUGCCCGCACCCAGACUGGUGUCAUGGAAUGCCCAGCCGAGAGCGACGCAUGGCAGGUGGACACACUCAUGCUUCCUGAGAUCCCCGAGAACGCCGCCAAGAUGAUGACCGACGGUGCCGGUAAGGGUGACGGACUCGAGGGCGAGGGUUCCCAGUGGAUCGGUCAACAGUCCGAGACCGAGCCUGACCUUAGCGACGGCGUCUCUGUCAGCGGAUCCGACCAGUCUGGUACUGAGGCMAACUCUGGCAACAGCAGCUCCGGAAACAGUGGCAACGAUGAGGAGGGCGCUGCAUCGCGCCCAGUCGCCGCCAUGUCGAUUAUUGCUCUCGCGCUUGGCUUUGCCUUGACCUUGUAG